AAUGGUGCCUACGGUCGCCGGCCCAUGAAACGAUACUGCAAAAGUGGUACGGAGCUAGCCAGUUUGGAGUCUCAGUGCCUAUGGCGUUAUCUGUUUAUCAGCUUGCGCACUCAGUUGGGUUCUUCUCGUGUAAUGCAAUGCUACCGUCCUCAUCAUCUCUUGCAGACUGGAGCCUCUAGUGGUCUGGAAUGGAGAAUGACCGAGGAGAGGAAGGAAUGAUCGCCGACCUUCGUUGUUGCUACAUUUGAUGGAUAUAAAGGCAUGCGCUUCCCACGGAAAGUGUAGGUCUCAGCAUCAACAUCGCUCUGGUUACUACAUUGAGUGACUUCGACACCAAAGACAGUCAUGGGCGCUCUCACGGAUCAAGCAGGUGUCCUCACCAUCGAAGCAAAGCCUUACCCCUUCACAUUUCCCUUGAAAAGCACAGCUUUACUUGUCAUUGAUAUGCAGCGCGACUUCAUCUUACCCGGAGGCUUUGGAGAUAUCCAAGGUGGAAACCUUGAAGCUGUUCAGGCUGCAAUCGCUCCUACCAAGGCUUUACUUCAAGCCUGCCGCAAUGCAGGAAUCCAUAUCUUCCAUACAAGGGAAGGUCAGGUACCUUCGUUGGCUGAUUGCCCUUCUUCGAAACUCAUUAGGCAGGCCGCUGCUCCUGGCAACUCUCAGCACUUCAAAGUCAUUGGUGACAAGGGCGAAAUGGGCCGCUUACUCGUUCGUGGAGAAUACGGUCACGACAUAGUUGAUGAGUUACAACCUCUGCCUUCAGAAGUGGUUAUCGACAAGCCAGGAAAGGGGUCUUUCUGGAACACGCCCAUUCUGCACAAGCUGAAAGCAAAAGGCAUCACUCACAUGCUCGUCUCGGGAGUCACGACCGAAUGCUGCUUCUCGACUACGAUCAGAGAGGCUAACGACCGCGGUUUUGAAGCCGUGGGCAUUGUCGAGAGCACGGCCGGUUACAACCCGUCGUUCAAGACUGCUUCCCUUGACAUGCUGUCCUGGUCACAAGGACUGUUCGGGUUUGUGGCAAAUCUGGAACCUGUGCUUGACGCGCUGGCUCCAUGGCAGAGGCAGACCCACGGCGUCAGUACACCACCACAAACCCCACCUGUCUGGGACGGCAAGUUGGCGAUCCCCAACCUGCAGACUUCUUACCAAAAGGGAGUGUCUCCACUGGUUGUGGUCAAUGAACUGUUUGACCGUAUCGAAAAGUACGAUGCCAUCGAUGCAGCCGUUUGGAUCAAGCGCCAAUCAAGAGAAGAUGUUCUCAAGGCUGUUGAAGAGUUCGUGCAGCGGUAUCCAGACAGGAAUGCACUACCGCCGUUGUUUGGAAUACCUUUCACGGUGAAGGAUAGCAUCGAUGUGCAAGGCAUCGAGACGACCACAGCUUGCCCGCCACUAGCUUUUGUAGCCACGAAGUCUGCAGCCUGCUAUCAGAAAGUUAUCGAUGCAGGUGCCUUAUACCUGGGAAAGGUUAACCUAGACCAGUUGGCGACAGGAUUGAGUGGUUGUCGAUCUCCCUACGGAAUCACUCAUUCAGUGUACAGCAAAGAUCAUGUGUCUGGUGGUUCGAGUUCGGGAAGUUGUGUCAGUGUUGGCGCAGACUUGGCCACAUUCUCCCUUGCGACAGACACCGCCGGAUCUGGACGAGUUCCAGCAGGACUCAACAACGUGGUAGGCUAUAAGCCAACUCGAGGUUUGGUAUCCUUUGAAGGAAUCACACCCGCUUGUCUUUCCCUUGAUUGCAUUGCUUUCACCGCAAAAACUGUUGAGGAUGCGAGAACACUAUGGCAAGUGUGCGAAGGUUUCGACCUCAACGACCGCUAUGCAAGAGACACAUUUCCCGCCGAAAGGCACGUCAACUCCCUGGGGAAUCAACGAGAGGCGUUUCGCUUUGGCAUUCCUCCACCGGAGAUUCUCGAGGUCUGCUCUCCGACUUACCGCAGGUUAUUCAACGAAGCAGUCCAGCGCUUGCAGAGCAUUGGUGGCAUCUUGUGCCCUGUCGACUGGACUCCCUUCCAAGAAGCAGGAGACCUACUUUAUUCGGGCACGUUUGUGUCUGAACGACUGGCGAGCUUACCUGAUGACUUCGUCAACAAGAAUCGAGAGCACCUGCACCCGGUCAUAAGGGAAUUGUUCGACCAAGUCAUAGCCAGGCAGAGUACGGCAGCGCAGGUAUUUCGAGAGCUCCAAGCCAAAGCGCUGUAUACCCGACAAGCGACUGCGCAGUUCGCAUCUGCAGAUACCGUUGGCAUCGAUGUGUUGAUCGUCCCCACAACCACUGAACAUCCGACGAUCGCAGCGAUGCUGGAAGAUCCCAUCAAACUCAACGCCAAACUCGGUACAUUUACGCAUUUUGCGAAUGUGCUCGACAUGAAUGGUAUAGCGGUGCCUUCCGGGUUCUAUUCAGCGGGCGAGGCUGGCCCCCGGCUACCUUUCAGCAUAACCUUAUUGGGGGCUCGAUGCAGGGACAGUGAAGUCCUCCGAAUAGCUUCCCAUUACCAGCAAGACGUCAUUGCGCAUGAUAGCUGAUUCGAGAUGAAAGAUCCCCAUCACACCGCUGUUUGACGGCGAUAGGGACGGCUUGACUGUGAAGGUCUGAAGACCUGAUCCAUUCAUUACCUUAUAUUUCGGUGAUAUUUAUGACAUGCGACAAUGAGGGUUUGGAUUGAUAAAGGAAUGCCACGGACUGAUCACAACGAGGCCUGCCCCAUUCAGCCGCACAAAUGAUAAAAUCCCACCUUUAUCGUAAUCCGAAAGGGGCACGGCCUAUCAGACGGUUGUUCCUUAUCUUCGCGGACCCGAGAAGCCUUGCACUAAGACCUCUUCAACGACACACGGUGGUAAACUCUUACUCAAUCAAUUGCUGCUGCUUAAGUGACAGUGACCAGGAUAUGGUUGAGUCC